AUGGGUUGCCUCAAGGUCGGCCACUCACACGCUUGGCCCACCCGUGGAACUCUCACGAUUCAGCGCUGCGAGAUUCGCUGCAAUUUCUGCACCGGAGAUGCCGGACUCAAGGAUUGGAAGUACGCCUGGUUCUUGCGUCGCCACGUACGCGCGAUCCACGUCAAGAAGGGGCUCUACAAGGGGCUUCGGGUCGAUUGUGGCUGGAACGAUGAGAUACCCCGAGACGCCGAUCCAGCCAUGCAAGGCCUGUUCAAGCAAGAAUUUAAGCAGGAGUCCGCCGAUGAUGCUGGUUACGUUCCGCAAAAUACCCGCAUGGAGAACAAUCAACUCCCACUUCCAGACUUCGUUCCCCAGAUCGGUCACAACAACUUCGGCGCCGGCGCUUUCAACGGCCAAGACCUGUCAAACCAGUACAUGACCGACGAAGCUCUCCUCGAGCUCAUCAAGCGCGAAGAGCGUGGCGAUGUACAGGUUCCCACCUUGGGCGAUGAGGAUGUCCACGGCGAUGGACUGUACAACCAGACUCCGCGUGCCGUUACCGAAUUCGAAGCCUUUCUCACCGACUGCUUGGCUGAGACUGGAUAUGUGGAGGACGAGCAAACUGGAGACAUCACCGACCUCACCGACCAUCCCACUCCCACCGAUGAGCCACCACUUCCGAUUGCUCCUGGCCGCUUCUACAUGCCGGACGUGACUGCCACAGAUCAGGAGGAAGACCAGGAAGAAGACCGCCCUCUGGCCGAGAUCAUGCGCGUCGGUGUCCCGAUGGAGCAUGACGCACAGCACAACCACUUGAUGUCGAUGCUGAGUCAGGUCUCGAGCACAAUGCAGGCUCAGGGCGUGCAGGUUAACGAGAUGCUGCCAACUAUCGAAAUCUUCAUUCGCUCUUUGGUGCAGAGCUCCGGCUUGUAG